CUCUGCUCGCAGUGCCAUGUCUCUGCCACAGCCGAGGAAGACUCGGCUUAGCGGCUGAAGAAGAAGAAGAAGAAGAGCAAGAGCUGUGAGAAAGUCAAGAGAGACUCCGCGAUCAGCGUGGCGGAGACCCGAGGAAGAGAAGACCCGCUGCUGAUCUGCCCGUCCUCCGUCCAUCAGACGCGGCCCGAGGGAAGCUGACGCGCCGCCAAGGACUCGCUCUCGUGUCGCCCGAGGAUCGCCCGCGUCGCCCGCCACCGCACGAUGGGGAACGCAGCGACCGCCAAGAAAGGCAAUGAACUGGAGAGCGUUAAAGAGUUUCUAGCCAAAGCCAAAGAAGAUUUCUUGAGAAAAUGGGAAUCACCACCACAGAGCACAACUGGCUUAGAUGACUUUGACAGACUGAAGACGCUGGGCACAGGGUCCUUCGGCAGGGUCAUGUUGGUCAAACAUAAGGCCUCAGAUCAGUUCUACGCCAUGAAAGUGCUGGACAAACAGAAGGUGGUGAAGUUGAAACAAGUGGAGCAUACGCUAAAUGAGAAGAGGAUAUUACAAGCCGUAUCGUUCCCGUUCCUCGUCAGAUUGGAAUAUGCCUUCAAGGACAACUCUAAUUUGUAUAUGGUGAUGGAGUAUGUGCCAGGAGGAGAGAUGUUCUCGCACCUCAGAAGAAUCGGCCGGUUUAGUGAACCACACGCACGGUUUUAUGCGGCCCAGAUCGUCCUGACCUUCGAGUACCUCCACUCACUAGACCUCAUCUACAGAGACCUGAAACCGGAGAACCUACUCAUCGACCAGCAGGGCUACAUACAGGUAACAGACUUCGGCUUUGCGAAAAGAGUAAAAGGCAGAACCUGGACAUUAUGUGGCACUCCGGAGUACCUGGCGCCAGAGAUCAUCCUCAGCAAGGGGUACAACAAGGCUGUGGACUGGUGGGCUCUCGGCGUUCUCAUUUAUGAAAUGGCGGCUGGAUACCCCCCGUUUUUUGCAGACCAACCCAUCCAGAUCUACGAGAAGAUCGUGUCCGGAAAGGUCCGGUUCCCCUCGCACUUCAGCUCGGACCUGAAGGAUCUGCUGAGGAACCUGCUGCAGGUGGACCUCACCAAGCGCUUCGGGAACCUGAGGAACGGGGUCAGCGACAUCAAGAACCACAAGUGGUUCGCCACCACGGAUUGGAUCGCCAUCUAUGAGAGGAAGGUGGAGGCGCCGUUCAUACCAAAGUGUAGAGGCCCCGGAGACACCAGCAACUUCGACGACUACGAGGAGGAGGACAUCCGCGUGUCUCUCACAGAGAAAUGUGCAAAGGAGUUCUCAGAGUUUUAAUCAUGGACACAUCAGAGCAAAUAUACACACAUGUACUUCUCUAUAUAUGUGUAUAUAUGUGUGUGUGCGUCACACGACACGUCAAAUAAGGGUAUCUUUGCACUCUAAAGACAUGGGAUGAGCAAAGAGCACAUCACCCUUCCUUCAUUCCUCCAUCCAUCCAUCCAUCAUCCGGCUUUAGAGAGGUCAGAGGUCACUCUUAACCGUCACACACUGGCACAUCUCACUCCUGUAACUCACUCUCGUCCUCUGUUAAACUAAC